CUUUCUUACAGAUGCCAGAAGAAGUCCAUCAUGGCGAGGAGGAGGUGGAGACCUUCGCCUUCCAGGCUGAGAUCGCGCAGCUCAUGUCUCUGAUCAUCAACACCUUCUACUCCAACAAGGAGAUAUUCCUGCGCGAGUUGAUCUCCAACGCCUCUGAUGCCCUGGAUAAGAUCAGAUACGAGAGUCUGACGGAUCCAUGCAAGCUGGACAGCGGUAAAGAUCUGAAGAUUGACAUCAUCCCCAACCGCCAUGAACGCACUCUUACCUUGGUGGACACCGGCAUCGGCAUGACCAAGGCUGACCUGAUCAAUAACCUGGGAACCAUCGCCAAGUCUGGCACCAAAGCCUUUAUGGAAGCCCUGCAGGCUGGCGCAGACAUCUCCAUGAUUGGUCAGUUUGGUGUGGGUUUCUACUCUGCUUACCUGGUGGCAGAGAAGGUUUGCGUGGUCACCAAGCACAAUGAUGACGAGCAGUACAUCUGGGAGUCUUCUGCCGGGGGCUCCUUCACCGUUAAAGUUGAUCAUGGGGAACCCAUCGGCCGUGGCACCAGGGUUGUCCUGCACCUCAAGGAGGACCAGACAGAGUACUUGGAGGAGAAGCGAGUGAAGGAAGUGGUGAAGAAGCACUCUCAGUUCAUCGGUUACCCCAUCACCCUCUAUCUUGAGAAAGAGCGAGAGAAGGAGAUCAGUGACGACGAGGCAGAAGAGGAGAAGGAGGAAGAGAAGAAAGAGGAGGGGGAGGAGGGCGAAGAUAAACCCAAGAUAGAGGAUGUUGGUUCAGAUGAGGAAGAGGAGGGAAAGGACAAGAAGAAAAAGACAAAGAAGAUCAAAGAGAAAUACAUUGACCAAGAGGAGCUGAACAAGACCAAACCCCUCUGGACCCGCAACCCCGACGACAUCACUCAGGAGGAGUACGGCGAGUUCUACAAGAGCCUCACCAACGACUGGGAGGACCACCUGGCUGUCAAGCACUUCUCUGUGGAGGGCCAGCUGGAGUUCCGGGCCCUGCUCUUCAUUCCCCGCCGGGCCCCCUUUGACCUGUUUGAGAACAAGAAGAAGAAGAAUAACAUCAAGCUGUACGUGCGCAGAGUGUUCAUCAUGGACAGCUGCGACGAGCUGAUCCCAGAGUAUCUGAACUUUGUCCGCGGCGUGGUGGAUUCUGAGGACUUGCCUCUGAACAUCUCCAGAGAGAUGCUGCAGCAAAGCAAGAUCCUCAAGGUGAUCCGCAAGAACAUUGUGAAGAAAUGUCUGGAGCUCUUCACCGAGCUGGCCGAGGACAAGGACAACUACAAGAAGUUCUACGAGGCCUUCUCCAAGAACCUCAAGCUUGGCAUCCAUGAGGAUUCCUCAAACCGUAAGAGGCUGUCCGAGCUCCUGCGCUACCACACAUCCCAGACCGGGGAUGAGAUGGCCUCUCUGACAGAGUACGUGUCCCGCAUGAAGGAGAACCAGAAGAGCAUCUACUACAUCACCGGUGAGAGCAAGGAUCAGGUGGCCAACUCUGCCUUCGUGGAGCGGGUGAGGAAGCGCGGCUUUGAGGUGGUCUACAUGACGGAGCCCAUCGAUGAGUACUGCGUGCAGCAGCUGAAGGAGUUUGACGGGAAGACUCUGGUCUCCGUCACCAAGGAGGGUCUGGAGCUGCCGGAAGACGAGGACGAGAAAAAGAAGAUGGAGGAGAACAAGGCCAAGUUUGAGAGCCUGUGCAAGCUGAUGAAGGAAAUCCUGGACAAGAAGGUUGAGAAGGUGACAGUGUCCAACCGCCUGGUGUCCUCUCCGUGCUGCAUCGUCACCAGUACAUAUGGCUGGACCGCCAACAUGGAGCGCAUCAUGAAGGCCCAGGCUCUGCGGGAUAAUUCCACCAUGGGCUACAUGAUGGCCAAGAAGCACCUGGAGAUUAACCCGGAGCACCCGAUCGUGGAGACUCUGCGGCAGAAAGCAGAGUCCGACAAGAAUGACAAAGCCGUGAAGGACCUGGUGGUUCUGCUGUACGAGACGGCGCUGCUGUCAUCUGGCUUCUCUCUGGAGGAUCCUCAGACUCACUCAAACAGAAUAUACAGGAUGAUCAAGCUGGGCUUGGGUAUUGAUGACGAUGAAGCCGCCGUGGAGGAGACGACCCCAGUCGUCCCGGAUGACAUCCCACCUCUUGAAGGAGAAGAGGAUGCAUCUCGCAUGGAGGAAGUGGAUUAAUCGUCUCUCCCCGAGCUGUAAAUUUACCCCGGCUGUCUCCUCACCCUCUUUUAAAACCAAGUUCUGUGUCAGCACCGCGUCCCCUGGGGGUAUCUGGCUGGAAAAUGCAUCCUUUCUAUAGACUGGAAAUGUCACUUCUGGGGGCGCCGUCCCCUCUUCCCCCUAAUUUAUACCCAGAAGGAGCGUAAGCUUCGCGAUGGAAAUGGCUGCUGACCCCCCCUCCUGCGCUCCUCGGUUGUAUCGCUGCUGCUGUGUUGCCGGUCGGUCACCAGGCUGAGUGGGUCCCUCUGCACCGUACACACUGCUGUGAGCCCCCCCCCACGUAAAACCCCCACCGCGGGGAGCUGGAGCUCUGGCUUUGGGUGGAUUAGGAAGAAACGUCCCUCGGCGUCUCGAAUGCCCUGCAGUCUCCCGAGAGUCCAUGUUCUGUGUUUUUGUUCUGGUUUUUUUGUUGUAAAAUUAAAAAAAAUGCAAAUAAAGUUCUUUUUACACUGAAA